GGCAACUUGCAACGAAGCCGUACGAGUAUAAGUAAUAGUUGAAAAGUGAUAUUUACAGUUUAUAAUAUGCGUUGAAGUUUUUUCCAGCAUCGUGUACAGUGCUUUACUUUCAAAACUUGCAUAUUGCUAUCAUAAAAUUUCAUCUAAUAUUAAGAAUACUCCGAACGAAUUAAAGUACUUUAAUAACGCCCUCCUCUAACAUCCUUCUAAAUCUCAGCUAUAAAUAACACAUUUUACAUGAUUUUACUAAUUGGAACAAUUAAAAAAAUCUAAAAUCGAAAAAACUCAAUUAAAGAAAUAAAAAAAAAAAUAAAAAACUUCGAAACGAAAUUCAACGGAUAUUAUCUUAAAAAAAAUCAGCAUGAUGAUGGAGAACGGACUCUCCAUGGAGUAUGGAGAUGGCUAUAUGGAGCAAGAAGAAGAAUGGGAAAGAGAAGGACUUCUUGACCCUGCGUGGGAAAAGCAACAGAAGAAAACAUUUACGGCAUGGUGUAACAGUCAUUUGAGAAAAGCCGGAACAUCUAUCGAUAAUAUCGACGAGGAUUUUCGUAAUGGCUUGAAGUUGAUGUUACUGCUUGAAGUGAUCUCAGGAGAAACCUUGCCAAAGCCAGACCGCGGCAAAAUGCGUUUCCACAAAAUCGCUAAUGUUAAUAAGGCUCUGGAUUUUAUUGCGUCGAAGGGUGUGCAUUUGGUAUCGAUUGGCGCCGAAGAAAUUGUAGAUGGCAAUCUAAAGAUGACGCUGGGUAUGAUCUGGACAAUCAUUCUACGAUUCGCAAUUCAGGAUAUUUCUGUUGAAGAGAUGACCGCAAAAGAAGGCUUGUUGCUGUGGUGCCAACGAAAAACUGCUCCCUAUAAGAACGUCAAUGUUCAAAACUUCCAUCUUUCAUUCAAGGACGGUUUAGCUUUCUGUGCCUUGAUUCACCGACAUAGGCCUGACUUGAUUGAUUAUUCCAAACUAUCCAAAGACAAUCCAUUGGAAAAUCUCAACACUGCCUUUGAUGUUGCUGAAAAGUAUCUUGAUAUUCCAAGAAUGUUGGAUCCAGAUGAUUUGAUCAACACACCGAAGCCGGAUGAACGCGCUAUCAUGACAUACGUAUCCUGUUACUAUCAUGCCUUCCAGGGAGCCCAACAGGUUGGAAAUGUGACGCAUGUACCCGAACCCACAAGAAAAUACACCUACGUCCCGAAUUACAAUGCGGAAACUGCUGCUAACCGUAUUUGCAAAGUACUUAAGGUGAACCAGGAGAAUGAGCGUCUCAUGGAGGAGUAUGAACGACUGGCAAGCGAUCUAUUAGAAUGGAUUCGUCGCACUAUGCCAUGGCUUAACUCCCGCCAGGCGGACAACUCUUUAGCUGGUGUACAGAAGAAACUAGAGGAAUACCGCACUUAUCGCCGCAAACACAAGCCGCCACGUGUUGAACAAAAAGCGAAACUCGAAACUAACUUCAAUACUUUGCAAACAAAGCUUCGUUUAUCUAAUCGUCCAGCCUAUUUGCCGACAGAGGGCAAGACCGUUGCUGAUAUUUCAAAUGCUUGGAAAGGCUUGGAAUUAGCAGAAAAGGCUUUCGAAGAAUGGCUUUUAGCCGAAACCAUGCGAUUGGAACGCUUGGAACAUUUAGCUCAAAAAUUCAAGCACAAGGCUGAUGCCCACGAAGAUUGGACUCGUGGUAAAGAAGAGAUGUUGCAAUCUCAAGACUUCCGUCAGUGUAAAUUAAAUGAGUUGAAGGCACUCAAGAAAAAGCAUGAAGCUUUUGAAUCUGAUUUAGCAGCUCACCAGGAUCGUGUAGAGCAAAUUGCUGCGAUCGCUCAGGAGUUGAAUACUCUUGAGUACCAUGAUUGCAUCUCUGUUAACUCUCGAUGCCAGCGUAUUUGUGAUCAAUGGGAUCGCCUGGGUGCACUGACUCAGCGUCGCCGUACAGCUUUGGAUGAGGCUGAACGCAUUUUGGAGAAAAUCGAUAUCCUGCAUUUGGAGUUCGCAAAGAGGGCUGCUCCAUUUAAUAACUGGUUAGAUGGAACCCGUGAAGAUUUGGUUGAUAUGUUUAUUGUGCACACAAUGGAGGAAAUUCAAGGUCUCAUACAAGCUCAUGAUCAAUUCAAAGCCACAUUAGGUGAGGCUGAUAAGGAAUUCAAUUUGAUCGUCAACUUGGUGCGUGAAGUUGAAUCCAUUGUGAAACAACACCAAAUUCCUGGAGGUUUAGAAAAUCCAUAUACAACUCUUACUGCCAACGAGAUGACAAGAAAAUGGAGUGACGUUCGUCAAUUGGUGCCACAACGUGAUCAAACACUAGCAAAUGAAUUGCGUAAGCAGCAAAAUAAUGAAAUGCUCCGAAGACAAUUUGCUGAAAAGGCCAAUAUUGUGGGUCCAUGGAUUGAAAGGCAAAUGGAUGCGGUAACCGCAAUUGGAAUGGGUUUGCAGGGCUCGCUUGAAGAUCAAUUGCAUAGACUUAAGGAGUAUGAGCAAGCAGUGUAUGCCUAUAAACCUAAUAUUGAAGAAUUGGAGAAGAUUCACCAGGCUGUACAAGAAUCGAUGAUAUUCGAAAAUCGUUACACUAAUUAUACAAUGGAGACAUUGCGAGUAGGAUGGGAGCAACUGUUGACUUCUAUAAAUCGUAACAUUAACGAAGUCGAAAACCAGAUUCUUACACGCGACUCUAAGGGAAUAAGCCAAGAGCAGUUGAACGAAUUCCGAUCCAGUUUUAAUCACUUCGACAAGAAUCGUACAGGACGACUAAGUCCUGAAGAAUUCAAAUCAUGUCUUGUUUCUUUGGGUUAUUCUAUCGGUAAAGAUAGACAAGGGGAGAUGGAUUUCCAAAGAAUUUUAGCCGUUGUCGACCCUAACUCUACUGGUUAUGUGCAUUUCGAUGCAUUCUUAGAUUUUAUGACCCGCGAAAGCACCGACACCGACACCGCCGAACAAGUGAUUGAUUCCUUCAGAAUCCUCGCCGCGGACAAGCCGUUUAUAUUGCCGGAUGAACUUAGACGUGAACUUCCUCCAGACCAAGCGGAAUACUGCAUCCAAAGAAUGCCACCAUAUAAGGGACCGAAUGGGGUGCCUGGUGCUCUAGAUUACAUGUCGUUUAGUACCGCCUUAUAUGGCGAAACUGACUUGUAAAAUAGAGAAUUCUCCAAUAUAAUAGAUACAUACGUCGAAAAAAAUCAUUAAAAAAGGAAAAAAAGCCAAAUUAACACUAUUAGAAAAGCUACAUAUCAUAAAUGUAGACAUCAGUAAAAUUGAAAAUGAUUCCUUCAGCGGUUUUCUAAUAUAAAAGUUGAUAAUAUUUCGAUAUAAAUACUUCCGGAGUAUGAAUUUUCUGACAUAUUUUACUAAUUACCAUCACAGCGGUUUACAUAGAUAAUUUUAAUAACAUAAUUUGUUUUUUUUUUGCCCUAUAUUGUAGUACAUACAAACAUACAUAUACAAAUAUUUGGGCUAAUAAGGGCACAAUACUACUCACAUGCAAACAAAUGCAUACAUGUGUUUGGUACCUCCACUCGCCCAUAGUGCUUGCCAUUGCUAUUUCGUAUUAUGUAAUCCUAAACAUUUUAAUCGUAAUUAUAUUCCCUGAAUAUGAUAUUUAGAAUGAAUAACAUUUAGAUACAACUUAUGCUCUUGAUACAAUGCCAAUGACAAUUAAAUAUGGAUUUCAAAGGAAAAUAAAGAAGGAAACGAAAAGGAAUCAAAGUAAUUUUCUACUGAUCCAAUGUAUCUAAGCGGUUCACUGAUUUUUAUUUCUUGGGCGAAUAUUAAAUAAUAAUAUAUAUUUAUUUUUCAAAGUUUUGUUAUAUUAAUUUAAUAUUUAUUUUGAGAUUAUUUUAAUGAUUUCAUUUUUUAUUUAAUUCUAAAUACGUCUUGUAUAAUUACUAUAUAAACUUAGUAUAUGUUACAAUGAUUGAAAAAAAAGAGAAGAGGGCAUUAUAUGAUAAUUUGUAAGGAUUAUAGAAUGUUCAGAUGAUAUCAAAUCAAGAAAAUAAUAACAUCCAUUAAAGUCAAGGAAAAUAUACUUUUGUAUAUUAACUAUUCUAUCAACUAUACAUACAUACACAAAAUUGUGAAUUGAAAGAAUCACAUUAAAGAGACAAAAAAUGGAA